GUGUUUUCUGUACAACCAAGCAGACGGGCGGAACGUGUGGAAAUGAAAAUACCAAACAGGAUGGCCUUGCAAGCACUUGGAGUACGCUAGGCCAGGAUAUAUCGUGGCAAGACCAGUUCGGUGCCUGAUGUCGAUACUGACGGAUAGUUUCGGAUCGGGGUUGAAUUUAAAGUGAUUUUUGACGGUUUUUCCCCUUUCCUUAGGUGAGUGCUUUGAAUACCUGAAAAAGGAUGUGAGCAACGGUUGUGGUGUUAUAGGGGUAACAUUUGUGUAUUCUGACAUCACUUAGGGUCCCACUAAAUUAUUCAAGCGGUUUCCACUGAUCUAUUAUAGAUAUGAGCGUCCUUUCAGAACCCAUUGUCCGCAUUAAAAUGAGAAAGGCCGUCGUACGUGUUGAAUUUCAGACUGGGGGUUGAGGGUGGUUGCGGCUCAGGUGUUAGACCCCCGACCAGGUUGCAGCUAUUGUACUAUCUAGUGGUGUGAAAGUGGUAGAAGCGAUAAAUAGAUAGAUAAAUAUUAAAUAUCAUGAAAACCUAGUUAUAUUACGAAUAAAUGAUUCUUAGUGAAAAUAUGAGAUGUGAUAUCCUAGAAGUAUCUUCGAAGUAGCUCCGUGUGACGAAAUAUUCCUAUUCCUACCCCCAAAUAAGACUUAGUGCUUGUGUACAAUCAACAAAUAUUUGCCGUGCAGAAAAUUGUAAUGAAACAAAGUGUUGUAUCCUUAAAGUGAUAGUCGUGCAACUCUCAGAGGCUUAAAUUCGAAUAUAAGAAAUGUGCAUUUACUUCUUAAGAUACAAGUGCACUUACGAAUCGUAAGGAUACGUUUAGAGAAAGUGGCAACAGCAAAGAGAAAGGAGAAAAUUCCAUUUUCAUCUCAUUAACAUCUGAGAAGGAGAGUCCUGUCGUUGCAGCACUUAAGCCAACAUCACCAAAUGGAUUGCAUUGCUAUCGUUUGAAAGAAUAUCCUGUUUCCGUUUAUUGAAUCCAAUUAACAAGAGCAAGAACACUGGGGAUGAAAAAACUAAACAAGGAGCGCAAUAAAAAUGCAGAAACAAGAAAAAAGACGCGAAUUGCGUCUGAAAAAGUUUUGGCGUUCGCCAAAGGCAACAUCAUCCGAGGACUCGACAGGAUACGAGAGUCCGACACAUGUGAAAGCCAACCAUGAUCCACUCGGAUCAGUGCAGUCAAAUAAUAAACCAACUUGCUCGUUGCCACUAUUGCAAGUAUGGCCAAGUCAGGACUCGCCACGAGGUGAGGCCGACGGUCAAAGCUUCAUCUUUCCAGCGAUUGGUGAUGAACUCAGUCCUGGAACACACAGCGGCAACCACAACAACAACGAUCGACGUAACUCUCUCUUCUGUGAUACUUUACACGCUGGUGAUUCUGGAAUCGAUUCAAUUCAAGCUUCACCCUCGCCGAACGCCCUUCCUUGUCCACCAGGACUCGCCUCCACACAAAUUUCGCCUGUUACUUCACCGACGAAUGGAUCGCCUAAUCUCUCAAUCGGAAGAUUUCGUCGAAAGUCAAGUGCACUUCUACAUCCUGAUCAUGCUAGAUUAUUUGCUUUGCGUCAUCACCAUUUUCAACAAUCAACCACUUCACCGGAUCAAACCUCGUUGGAGGAUGUCACAGAGUUCAACGAUGGCAAUGAUGCGGCGAUAAAUAAUCUCUGUACGGCCAGUACAAGCACAACCUCGUCCCUGACCUCGGUGGCGGCGGCAAGCUUGGGGGCAGGUAAUUCCCAAAGGGUUUCGGAUCCUUGGCUCCACCCCAACUCUCAUUUGGAUCGAGAUAGGGGGGAGCACGAUCAUAGCCGAAGACGAUCAUCAACAAUGACUGCACGGUAUUCACUGUUCGAUGCCUUGGACUUAGAAUAUGCCUUGCUGCGUGCCGCGGCACGAGGAUCUGUGGGUCCUUAUUCGCUGAGUGAGUCAAUUCACAAGCUCACCUUCACACAAUCAUUGGCCUUUCCUGCCCUGGCGCGGGGGCUGGCAACGAAGCGGCGGAGAUCAGCCACGCAGAGUUCAUCACGCCCCCUGAAUCCUAAUGAAUCUGGUUUGAAUACAUUCGCAAAGGUUGUAACGGCUGUUGUGCUAGUGAUGGUUAGUUUUCUGGUGUUUUUAGUUGUCUAUAAAUUUGUAAGGACGUGAGGUUUGCUCCUGGCCCCGACCGACUUCUCACCUUUGCCCACAUAUCCUGUAGCUAAUCGAACUGUCCUGUCGGGGUUCAGGAAAAUUCUAAUGAAAUCAGACAAUUAUUCAUGAAUAGUAACAAGUGAUAGUGAACAAUACGGAAUUAGCUUUUGCAAAUAUGUCGUGAUAGGAUAUCCUUUAAAAAAAGAUAAAAAUCAAAAAGAUAAGAUGAAAGCAUGGGGUUUCGACUGAUUUCACAAACUAUGUAAUGUUAACGUGAUUCAAUUGGAAGCCAAAAUUUGCAUUCUAAGCAUUCUCUAGUGUAAUUUCAAUAAAAACUUCUGUAUCUUCGCUUUGUAGAUA